CGGGGGAUUGUGGAGAAAGUGAGUGUUGUCCGAAAGGCUGAUCUGAGAGCAACGCAUGAAACGGGCAAGGCAAACAAGACUUCAAAGCAAUAUCUUCCCUUCUUUCAUUCAACAUACAUUCAUUAUAUAGACAGCAAUACCAACAGCAAACAUGACAUCAACAGAAAGCAAUCGUCGCUUAGUAGGCGUAUCGUACAAGAUGUACUUUGACGAAGAAAAACAUGAAAAAUACCUGAAUACAAUCUUGGAAACCGUUCCACAAGUAUUGCCAACGUUAAAUCGACCAACGGAUGUGUUUAUCAUUCCAGAUUUCUUACAUAUCAUCCCAUACGUACAAAAAGUAGCCCAUGCAAAAGCACCUCUUUGGAUCGGAGCACAAGAUGCACAUCAUGAAGAUGCAGGCGCAUUCACAGGAGAAGUUUCACCAAAGGGAAUUGCUCAAGCAGGUGGAAAGUUGAUCGAAAUGGGUCAUGCAGAACGUAGAAGAUUGUUUGGCGAAACGGAUGAAUGGGUUGUUAAAAAAGCAAAAGGCGCUGCAAGAAAUAAUUUGAUCCCUCUCAUUUGCAUCGGUGAACUUCAUAAAGAAGGUGGCGCUCAAAAUGCUCUGGAAGAAUGCUGGAAACAAGUCUCUGCCGUAUUUGAAGGCGAAGGCAAGAUUGAUGAUGAUAAAGAAGUAAUCCUUGCAUAUGAACCCGUUUGGGCAAUCGGCAAGAGUGAACCCGCAAGUGCAGAUCAUGUGGUUCAGGUAACCAAGCUGAUUCGUGCAAAGGUACCAAAGCGAUCAGGAACAGUCAGAAUCCUGUACGGAGGAAGUGCUGGUCCUGGUCUAUUCGACAAAUUGAAAGAAGGCGUUGACGGUCUCUUCUUGGGACGUUUCGCUCAUGAUCCCAAAGCAUUUUUGGAGACAAUUAUUGAAGUUGGAGGCGGUCGUAAACAAUAGAAGGAGUAAUUGUUAUUAAUUAAUACAUCAGGAUAGCAUCAAUGAUAAAUGGGAGUUUCCAUAAUUUCUCUGCUUUCAUCUCUUCUGUUUCGUUAAAAGCUUGGUUUUGUCGUUCGAAUUCGUCUGAAUCGCUUGUAUAUCUUUCAUUCAAUCCGUUAGAUUCUUGUCUUUUCCUUUCAUUUUCAAAUUUGGCUGUAACUCUUCCUAAUCCACUCGAAUGAUCCCAUUGUGCUCUAUGCC